UAAAAUAAAAAGUAUAUAUAAUAAGGGGAAGAAGAAGAAGAAUUUAUUAUUAAUAAUAAGAAGAACGCUCAAAGGUGAAGCGCUGUUGUGUAUAGCGUCAAACAGUUGCUUGACAAUCGAGAUAAUGCCCAUGACCAUAUAAGGUCAUUUUUAAUUUCAUGUUAUCACUUAUAAUAGUGAGUCAUUUGCAGUGUAUUAAAGUGUGCAUUCAUAGUAACACUGUUUUGAAUGCUAUUAAUACCCCCACCCAAAAAAAAAAAAAAGAUGUCCGAUUUUUUUUGGAAAACCAGAAUAUGGUCACCCUAAUACACUCCUAUCAUCAGACCCCAAGGAAGAAGUGAACUAGCAAAGGGGGUGAUUACUAUUGCUAUUCCGAUAUGACAGGAUCAUAACUCGUAAGACAUGGGAAAUGCUACUGUAAAUGGCAGAUACGUUCAAAAUCAACUUGUUCCUGAUUGGAGUGACUGAUGGUGUUACAACGACCCCACUCUCCCCUACUAAACUGUACUUCUCUUUGUCGCUGGGGUGGUUACACCUGUAUGUAUUUAUUUCCAUCCAUCCAUCCCUCCAUCUUCUAUACCGCUUAUCCUUCCUUCAGGGUCACAGGGAACCUGGAGCCUAUCCCACGAAGCAUCGGGCACUAUAUGAUGAUCUACUGAUCAUUGUGUAGUUUGUAUGUUAUGUAACAACAGAAAUAAAGAUCCAUUUAUUUUCUUUUUUUUUUAAAUUCAUUUUUAUUAUGUAUUACCAUAACACAAAAUAUUAUUAUUAAUCAUUAUUUUAUCCGUUUUGUUAUUAUUAUUGGUGUUGCUGUUGUUAGUAUUAGUAUUAUAAUACCACAAGUAAAGAAAUAACGUUGACUUUUAUAAUUUUUUAUUUUAAAUUUAUUAUCAUGACAGCACAACUAAAACUCCGUUACUUUGAAUUCAUUAUUCAAUUAUUUAUUUAUUAUUUAUUAUUUUGCAGCUGUACUGUUGUCAGAGAUGUAGAAAAUGCAUCGAUGACCUUCUGACCAAUCAGAAUCGAGAAUUCUUUUGCAAACUGUGAAGAAGGCGUGGUUUCGAACAUUUGAUAACAUUUGAUUACAUAUUGCAGUAUAAAUAACCUGUGGUUUAUAUGAGUUGUUAUUUAUCCCAUGUAACGUGCGUUACACAGGCAACAUGUCGAAUUUAAAGUUAAACAGGAAGUAAAUACGGUUUUGUCCGUGACCUUUGCCACUGACGCGUGCAGUUUGACGCGGAGCGUGCUGGGUUCGGCUUUGAUCUCACCGCGUGAGCUGUCUAGCUCUUUCCCUCUUUUGUCUCGAGACUCAGCAUCAUCGCAGUGUGAUGGCGGAGUGAUUUGCGUCAAGCCUCGAGCCCAACCCGCUCCCUCUUUCCUUCGUCAAGAAAGAGGAGGAAAGAAAGAAAGAAAGAGAGAAGAAGCCGCUCGUGACGCUGAGAUUUACCGGAGGAGCGAACGGGGCAAAAUAUAAACAAAUGCCAAAAGAAUAGACUGCAUCCCAUUACAUCACCGACGGAGAACCGAGUCCAUCCGGGUACCGGGAGUGAACGCGGCUCGCGACGUGAUGUUUAUUUUUGCUCAGGUGUGACACGAGCCGAUUUUUACAACAACAACAACAACAACAACAACAAAAUGCCCAGUUAGUAAAGGUUAUAUAGGGGCGCGGGACCAGAGCUCAUCAGCGUCAGCAUCAGCGCGUGACCGCCGGAGACUGAGGUGAUGUGAACGGAAAGUGCUCGAGACGCCGCCGCCAUGGCCGAGGAGGCGGAUAUAGAGGCGGAUGCGGGGGCUACCGGCUGCACGGACAAGUAUGAGGAGUAUGAGUGCAAGAUCUGCUACAACUACUUUGACCUGGACCGGCGCGCGCCCAAGAUCCUGGAGUGCCUGCACACGUUCUGCGAGGAGUGUCUGCACGCGCUGCACCUGCGCGAGGAGCGGCCAUGGCGCGUCACGUGCCCCGUGUGCCGCCACCGCACGCCUGUGCCGGAUUACCGGAUACGCAACUUGCCCAACAACACCAAGGUCACGGAGGACUUCCCGCUGCGCGUGGACGUGGACGCUGACCCUGUGCCGCAGGACGCGCUGCCACCGCACCCGCCGUCGCUGCAUCCGGCGCUCGCGGCCCUGCGGCGCGAUGACGCGUCGAGCGCGUCCGGCCCGAGCCGCCACGCGCACGCGACCCCGUCAACCACGGCGUCCACGGCCACCAUGACGCUCUCGCAGGACUCGGUGGUGUCACGUCGCGAGAGCUGCCACGAGGGCUGCUGCAGGCGCCUCGCGCUCACCGCCGGCUGCGCGUGCGUCGCGUUCUCGUUCGUGGCCAUGCUCGCGUUGCUCUUCGCCGGCCUCGUGUUCGUGCACGGAAACUCCGCGGACCGGCCGCCGUCUCCCGCCGGUCCCGUGUGCCUGUCGGUCGCGAGCGUCCUCGCCAUGGUGGCCGUGGUAGUCACGUGGCUCCUCUGCUGGCUGAAAUACAGACCGGAGCACGAGACGACCGGCCGCGCCUCGGCCACGAGCAACAGCAGCAGGAGAAACGCAUGAGCUCUCUCUCUCUCUCUUUCUGUGUGCGUGCGUGCGCGCGCGUGUAUAUGUGUGUGCUAUUGUCGCUCACUGUGUAUUAUCAUCUUAUCCUCCAUGAUCAGUUCGAGCGGAUGGACAUUUGCUCUUAUUCUA